AUGGCCAGUCAUCGUUCCUAUAAGACCUCUUCUUACUUUCCUACAAAUGGGAGUAGAGAUACUUCCCAUCGUCCUCAUAUCAAACCAUCCUAUUCAUCAUCUUCCUCGGAUGAAGAUAUUAUUGCGUCUUUAAAAGGUCUUGCCAUACAAUCAAGGACCAAAGAAAUCACUAGUACUAGUAAUAGUAGUACAAACUCUCCACGUUGCGGUACUCCCGGCACACAAGUUGAAACGAUAUCUACUACAUUCGAUACUCCAAAGAAAAGCGAUUCCAUUCCAAUUUCCUGCGGUCAAUCUACAAGACGAACUCGAGUUUACACACCAUUGACAGGUCGUGGAGAAUUACCAGGAGGAUAUUUUCCCGGAUUUGCAGACGAAAACCCAGAAACUCUCAAAUCAACAAUUCUACUAUCAACUUCACGUUCUAAAAAUUCACCAGAAAUGCAACCAAUUACAAUCUCUUCCAUGUCAUCGCCAAUGGAUUCACCAGCUUCUGAUACCACUGUUCGUGGACCUCCUUCGAUUGUCAACUCUCCAUUCACUCUACCAGAAACGUUAGUUAUUCCAAAAGGAAAAUACUAUCCUUCGAACUAUAAGCCAUCACCAACAUCUCCCCUCCCGGUACCCCUCACGAGCAUCCCUUCGUCAAUAUUAAAUGGGGCCAAUCUUCAACUUCCUCCCAAAAGUCAACGUCAAAAAUCUUCAAAUCCACAUCAUCAAAGGAAAUCCUCAGACGUUAAACGAAAACUACAAAAGUACCAAAAAGAUAUGAUUGAACAAGCACGUAUGGUACAUGCUUCAGUAGUUUCUACACCUGGGGGAUCCGCACCAGGAUCAAAGCCUAUCAGUCCUAGAUUGCUUCCUUUAGGUAGUCCCGGUCCCAUCACACCAUUUGAAUUGGAAGAAAGUUCUGGGUAUUUGAUUGCCGGUCAAAUGCGAUCGGGUGGAUUAGCUGAAGGUGGAUUGAUAGAGAAUGAAGCGGUUGCAAGAAUGAUUCGAAUGGAAGAAGAAAGACGAAGACGAGAGGGGCAAAGUUCACCAGCUGCUCGAGUUUGA